AUGUCUGACGAUAUCAAGAAGUUCCUCCACAAGCUCAGUGGCCAGCCCGCCUCGUACUCCCGCAAGCAGCACUACACCUUCGGCAAAACAUUGGGCGCUGGUUCGUUCGGAAUCGUCCGGUACGCCCGCGACAACAUCAGCAACGAGGAGGUGGCAGUCAAAAUCAUCUUGAAGAAGGCACUCAAGGGCAAUGAGGCCAUGAUCAUCGACGAGCUCGAGCUCUUGAAGGAGUUGCACCACGCACACAUCGUGGGAUUCCGCGACUGGUUCGAGUCCAAGGACAAGUUCUACAUCGUCACCCAGUUGGCCACAGGAGGCGAGUUGUUUGACAGGAUCGUCCAGCAGGGACGCUUCACCGAGCACGACGCGUCGUUGGUGGUGAUGCAGAUGCUCGAUGCCAUCCAGUACCUCCACAGUAAGGACAUCGUGCACCGAGACUUGAAGCCGGAAAACAUCCUUUACCUCAACCAGGACGCGGACUCCAACGUGGUUUUGGCGGACUUUGGCAUUGCCAAACGGUUGCAGAGUCCCAACGAGAAGUUGACGUCGUCCGCUGGCUCGUUUGGCUACGCUGCUCCUGAAGUUAUCAUUGGAACAGGCCACGGAAAGCCGUGUGACAUCUGGUCCUUGGGAGUCAUCACCUACACUUUGCUCUGUGGCUACUCGCCGUUCCGGUCAGAAAACGUCCAGGACUUCGUCAACGAGGUCAAACACAACAAUGCUGUGAUUUUCCAUGCCGACUACUGGAAAGACGUAUCCAAGGACGCCAGGAGAUUUAUUAUCAAGGCGUUGCAGUUCAACCCUGACCACCGUCCCACGGCAGCCGAGCUCCUCGAGGACGCCUGGCUCCUCAAGAUCGCCCCAGAACACAAGCACACCGAUUUGUUGCCCAACCUCAAGCAGAACUUCGAUGCCAAAGCCAAGUUCAGACAGGCCAUCGAGAUGGUCAAGUUGAAAAACAGAAUCGACAAGUUGAAGACCAUCCAGACCGACGACGACGACGACCCCAACGAAAUCAACUUGUUCAAGGACACCUCGUCCGUGGAGUCGUCCAAGCUGGACACUACUGCCUUGAGCUCGUGGAAGAAGUUCUCGGAUGCAUUGAACAACCUCGACCCCAAGGCCGACCCCAAGCACAAGUCUGACUUGGCUGGAAGCGCAUUUGUGCAGUUGGUGCACGCAGCUUCUGAAAACAAGGAAAGAGUGGCCAAUUAUAAGGAGGACAAGCCGGAGGCAAGCUGA